AUGCUGCACAUUGCCUAUAACUUGGACUUUAAGAAAUGGUCGACUAAAAAGCCCGAGGAGAAAAUUUCCAAAGACAACAGAGACGCUGACAAGGGGAACGCGACUGUAGUACUAAAUACCGUAGACUACGAAAAGAAAAUUGGUGAUCUGCUAGACCCCAAAACAUACAAAAAGUUGCAACAGGACCCAACCAACCGCAUCCUAAAGAAAACAAAUACGUUAAUCAAGAAGUCAUCUAUCGAACCAGAAAUCCAGCGAAAACUAAGCAAUUCGGAGGCAUUACCACCAAGAUUAUAUGGAUUGCCAAAAAUCCAUAAAGAGGCAGCACCCUUGAGACCCAUAGUUAGCGCUAUAGGUUCCCCGACUUACCAUCUCGCUAAGCAUCUAACCAAACUCCUUGAACCACUCAUAGGGAGGACAGCAUCACACAUCAAGGACUCGACUCAGUUUAUACAGAAGAUCAAAAACAUCACAUUGUCACCCAAAGACAUAUUAGUGAGCUUCGAUGUUGUUUCUUUGUUCACUAUGGUGCCAGUCAAAGAGACUUUGGAUUUAAUAUCUGCACGUUUUCGGAAUGAUGUCACAGAACUUUUCCGACACUGCUUAACCACCACUUAUUUCCAAUGGAACAAGGAGUUUUAUGAACAAGUUGACGGUGUAGCCAUGGGAAGCCCAUUAAGCCCGGUCAUAGCAAAUUUUUUCAUGGAAAAGUUUGAACAGCAGGCAUUAAAUACUGCCCAAAAGAAGCCCAAGUGUUGGUUCCGCUACGUGGACGACACAUUUGUAAUAUGGAGCCACGGCGAAAAGGAGCUUCAAAUCUUCUUGGCGCAUCUCAAUUCCAUUAACAAUAAAAUAAAAUUUACCAUGGAGACAGAAAAGGACGGCAGGUUGGCAUUCUUAGAUGUGCAGGUAGAAAGGCGACCAAAUGGAAAAUUGGGUCAUAAAGUUUAUCGAAAACCCACUCACACGGAACGUUACCUGUACAAAUUAUCUAAUCACCAUCCGAGACAGAAAAUGGGGACCCCCCGAGGUAAAUUUGGGUUUAAAAUCGAUGAUUCGGGAUUUAUCAGGCCGACCCGACCCCACACCCGCCACCAUUUCGACCCGUCGAUACACGCGAAGGAUGCGGAGACUGCGAAUUAUUUUUUCUUUGCCUUUUGA